AAUAUUUCAUAGUGUGGUAUAUUCGACCCCAAGAUCGGAGAUGCAAUAUACCACAUCCCUCCUUCGCUAGUUUUUAACUGUUUUUCACCUGCAGGGUAGAUGCCUCAUUAGGCAAUCCACCCUGCGGAGAACAAACUCAAAGUCUCUAUUACAUUAUGUUGCCAUAUUGCCAGUAGAGUAAACUUCUGAGUAGGCGUCAUGUAUGAUGUAUUGUAUGUGUAAAUAUUGUGGAUAUGUGACCUUAAAAUUUCAACAUUUUUCAAUUUGCAAAGUGGAAGCAUUUGACCAAAAUUUACUACCAAGUACCACCAGUGACCACCACCAAGCCACGAUCUGGUCAUUGUGAUCUGGUCAACCACCAUCAGAGUUCACUACAGUUUUCGACGGUAUACGUUUGUAAACGUAAUAUUAUUAUUGUUUUUGUAUUAUUAACCUAAUUUAAAUGUUCAAAUGGCAAAAGAUUUGAAAUCAAUCGAGGAAAUACACGAUACGAUAAAACGAAGGGUAUUUGCAGACGACAUGGUGCCUCACUUGAUUGGCCUGGAUAAUCAAAUCAAAGAAUUACAAGAAUUAGUUUUGAAGUGCAGUGAUUAUGGUGAAAGUAAUUCUGCAUUACUGGUUGGCCCCAGAGGAAAUGGAAAGUCAACAGCAGUAAGCUAUGUCUUGAAAACUCUCCAAGAAAAAAGGAAAUUAGAAAAUUUACUGCAAGUGAAGCUGAAUGGUCUUGUUCAAACAGAUGAUAAAUUAGCUUUGAAAGAAAUCACCUGUCAACUUCAGCUUGAGAAUUCUGUGGGAGAUAAAAUCUUUGGAUCCUUUGCAGAAAAUUUAAUUUUUCUACUAGAAGCUUUAAGAACUGGAAACAAGGAUUGCCGUCCAAUCCUUUUCAUACUCGAUGAGUUUGAUUUGUUUAUUUUCCAUAAAAAUCAAACGCUACUGUACAAUUUGUUUGAUAUAUCUCAGUCAGCACAGAAUCCUGUUCUUGUUAUUGGUCUUACAUGUCGCUUAGAUAUUGUCGAACAUCUUGAGAAAAGAGUGAAAUCAAGAUUUUCUCAUCGGCAAAUUCAUUUUUUCAAUGAUUUUGUGUUUGGGGAUUACAUUGAUAUUUUUAGAUCAAUUGUUGCUGUUCCACCCAAAUUCUCCAACAAAACUACUGCACGAAUCUGGAAUAAAAAUGUGGAGGCUUUAUGUGAAGACAGUAAUUUCCGUGAUAUCUUGUAUGAAAACUAUUGUUACAACAAAAGUAUUCGAGGCUUGCAUGCCCUAAUGACAAUGCCUGUCUCGUUGCUUUCUCGGAAUUAUCCUUUUCUUGUAACUGGAGAUUUUGCAGAAGCAAAGAACGAUUUAAUAAUUGAUCACAAGUCUGUAGUAUUACACGGGUUAUCCGUUCUUGAACUUUGCCUGCUUAUCGCGAUGAAAUACCUCGUUGAAACUUUUGAUGAUGGUGCCUUUAAUUUUCAGAUGGUCUUUAAUGAGUAUCAGAAAUUUGUAAGGACAAGAGGUCAUUCCUUGCAAUCAUUUGACAAAACAGUUGUAUUGAAGGCAUUUGAACAUUUACUGGCGUUAGAACUCGUAAAAAGCGUCGACGGUGUUGCCGCAAACACUCCCAAGGAAUAUCGACCGUUGAGCUUGUUAGUUGAACCUUAUCAAAUAACUGAUGUUGUACGAAGCUAUCCCGAGUGUCCAACUGAAUUGACACAAUGGGCUACAAGUGCUGUGAGAUAACCAAUCAUAACGAGUGGGCUAGAAAAACGCAGGAGGCGAUUAUAUACGAAGCUCGUUUGGCUGAAACGAUGGAUAGGUUUUAAAAAAAGUUUUUCGACAUGAUUACAAUAUUGUUUACAACAACUACUCAUAAAUCGUAUCAUUAAGCUCACUCGUUCACAAGUGUUAUUUUUUAUUUUGUCUGACCACAACCGAUUCAACCGACAAUAUAAGGCCAGAUUCAGUCAUUCAGAUUGCAAGCACAUUUUUUUUGGUAAAUUCUUUAAAUGAACGAGUCCAGAGGUGAUGAACCAGUCCAGGGGUAAUGAGUAAGAAGGUGACCAAAGCGACCUAACUCGAUCCAGUAUGUUGAGACUAUGUAGCUAUAUGUCAAUAUGUAGUAUAUGGAAAUUGGAAAUGGUAGUAUGAAAUAUUACAGUAGUGACAUUUAAUCUGACGCUUAUUUAUAAUUACAUAAAGUAAUCGAUAUGCUGA